AUGGGACACCGCGCGUUCCCAUUAUCUGCAGGGACGCUCAGUCUCCGUCUUCGGUCACUUUACCAGCGUUCUAAUUCGCCUCUAAAGGCAGCACGCUGUUCUCAAUCCCAUCGAGCUGCCAGCAUGUCUUCAGUCUCCACCCCCACUUCUGGGUACCCUAUCGGGCAGCAGUCGUUGCACAAGGGAUUGCACCUCAACUCAUCUCUGGACAAGUGGUAUGUCAUUCACGAAGUGCUCUCCGAGCGACCGGCUGCUGGGAGGGUCUGGUGUGUGUACCGCGCGACACACGAGGGGAAGCAGUUCAUUCUCAAAGACAUCAUUCCAGGCGACUUCGGUUACAUUCUCUCGCUACAGAAGCACGUCGAGCACUCUCCCCACGUCCGGAUAGCAGUGGAUAGUAUUCCUGAGCGGCAUGUGCUCGUCUUCCCCUAUCUCGAGAAGGGACUGCUCCAUAUCGAUGCCGCGGCUCUUUCUUCUACCGCCAAAAAGGGCAUCAUAAGGGAUGCCCUUUCUGACCUCGCUGAUCUACACGACAAGCACAUUAUCCACACCGAUAUCAAACCCACAAACAUCAUGAUGAAUUCCUUGAAACAGGAAAAUGGCGAUUUUGGAUGGUGUAACGUCCAGAUCACCGACGUAGAAGCUGCGGUGAUACUUCCGCCCAAGGCGAAGGGUCUCACAGACCGCUUAUCGGGAAACCACUUCUGGAGAAGCCCGGAGGCUUGGGCUCGGGGAAUCCAGAACACCCCAUCAGACAUCUACUCUUUUGCCAUUGUGGCAAUAUUCGCGUGGACAGGGAGAAUGGUGUUCUUUUCUGACGAGGCGAACCGUGCUCCGCCUCAGGAGCAGGCGGACCUGAUACUCCGACAGCACCUUUCCUUCUUCGCGAGUGACAUGGAGGACUUCGAAGGCUUUAUUGCUUAUCACGGGGGAGACGACAAUCCAUUUGUCAAGCAUCUCAAGGAACUACUCUGUACCUUCAACGAGGAGCAGCCGAGGCUGCCCUUUGGGAGGUGA